UUACUGCACUUUCGUUGGACUCUAGUUUUAAUGAACCUUCAUUUUUCUUGGCCAAAUUUGCAGUGAACUUUCCUCUGCUUUGUAAUACCUCUGGGGUGUUUGCCUUUUGAGGACCGAUACGAGGGUCCUUAAUUCUUGGACCUCUAUCUUCCAGUUCUUGUCUUGAGGACCAUAAUUUCAUUGAAGGAUUUUUUUUCAUCAAAUGACUUAAAGAAUCAGAUAUAGGAUUCUUGCUUUGUGGGAAAUGGAGCUCAUUUUUUGUCUGAAGAGAGCAUUUCUGGUAUGGGUUUCUUGUCUGUGGGUGACCAUGGUGGUGGUUGGUCAAGGUGCAAACGAUAGUUCCGCUGCCAGACCAAAGGAGGUGAAAGUUGGAGCUCUGUUUACAUUGAAUUCAUUUAUUGGAAGAUCAGCAAAGCCAGCUAUUCUUGCUGCUUUUGAUGAGAUCAAUUCUAACCCAAGCAUUCUUAAGGGGACAAAAUUGAAGCUCAUCUUGCAUGAUACAAAUUGCAGCGAAUUUCUUGGAACUGUUGAAGGUUUGCAGUUGAUAGAGGAUGAAGUGGUUGCUGCAAUUGGUCCACAGUCAUCAGGGAUUGCCCAUGUUAUUUCUCAUGUUGUGAAUGAACUUCAUGUACCACUUCUGUCAUUUGGGGCAACAGAUCCAACUCUUUCCGCUUUGCAGUACCCAUACUUCCUACGAACUACCAUGAGUGAUUAUUUCCAGAUGUAUGCAAUUGCUGAUAUGCUUGAGUAUUUUGGAUGGAGGGAGAUAAUUGCCAUCUUUGUUGAUGAUGAUUAUGGUAGAAACGGGAUUUCUGUAUUGGGAGAUGCACUUGCCAAGAACCGUGCAAAGAUUUCUUACAAGGCAGCUUUUAGUCCAAAUGCUCCCAGAAGUGACAUUAAAGAUUUAUUAGUUGGAGUGAACCUGAUGGAGUCACGGGUUUUUGUCGUACAUGUGAAUCCUGAUUCUGGCCUUACAAUCUUUUCAGUUGCAAAGACCCUUGGAAUGAUGAGUGCUGGCUACGUUUGGAUUACUACUGAUUGGCUUACUUCUGUUUUAGAUUCAAUGGAUUCAGUUGAUUCUCAUACAAUGGAUCUUAUACAAGGUGUUGUUUCUCUUCGCCAUCAUACUCCAGAAUCAGAUCUCAAAAGAAGCUUUUCAUCUAAGUGGAAAAAUUUGAAGGAUAAGGAAACCCCGAACUUUAAUUCUUAUGCCUUGUAUGCUUAUGAUUCAGUGUGGUUAAUAGCUCGUGCUCUUGAUGUUUUCUUCAAUGAAGGAGGAAAUAUCACAUUUUCUGAAGAUCCCAGCCUGCAUGACACUAAUGGAAGUGCCCUUUAUUUGAAUUCCCUGCAUAUAUUUGAUCAAGGGCCGAAGUUUCUCAAGAUACUUCUCUCUAUGAACUUCACAGGUUUAACAGGUCUGAUACAGUUUGAUUCAGAGAAGAACUUAAUCCGUCCUUCAUAUGAUAUUCUUAACAUUGGUGGAACUGGUAUACGAACGAUAGGCUAUUGGUCAAAUUAUUCUCAUCUCUCUACUGUUGCACCAGAAAUUCUAUACACAAAGCCUCCAAAUAUUUCAGCAAGUAACCAACAUCUGUACAGUGUAAUAUGGCCUGGUGAAAUGACAGCAAAUCCUAAGGGAUGGGUAUUCCCAAACAAUGGGAAGCCUCUGAGGAUUGCAGUUCCCAACCGGGUUACUUUUAAAGAAUUUGUUAGCAAAGAUAAUGGGCCUUCUGGAGCGAAAGGAUACUGCAUUGAUGUAUUUGAAGCUGCUAUAAACUUGUUGGCUUACCCUGUCCCCCACACAUACAUUUUAUAUGGAGAUGGCAAUAGGAAUCCUGAAUUCAACAAUAUUGUUUUUGAUGUUUCUCAAAACAAAUAUGAUGCAACUGUGGGGGAUAUAACCAUUACUACUAAUAGGACAAGAAUUGUAGACUUCACACAGCCUUACAUGGAAUCUGGACUUGUUGUAGUUGCUCCUGUUAGAGAGGUUAAAUCUAGUCCAUGGUCUUUCCUCAAGCCAUUUACUUGGCAAAUGUGGUGUGUGACUGCAGCAUUUUUUCUAUUUGUCGGUGCUGUUGUUUGGAUUCUUGAGCAUCGGAUGAAUCCUGAAUUUCGUGGUCCACCGAGGCAACAACUUAUAACGAUCUUUUGGUUUAGUUUCUCAACGAUGUUUUUUGCACACAGAGAGAACACCGUCAGCACCCUUGGGCGUUUAGUGCUGAUCUUGUGGCUCUUUGUUGUCCUAAUUAUCAAUUCAAGCUAUACAGCUAGCUUGACUUCAAUACUCACAGUUCAGCAGCUGACUUCACGUGUGCAGGGCAUCGACAGUUUGAUUGCCAGUUCGGAUCCUAUAGGGAUACAAGAUGGGUCAUUUGCACACAACUAUCUUGUUGAAGAACUAAACAUCGCAGAGUCGAGGCUCCGAACCAUGAAAACCCAAGAUGAUUAUGUUGCUGCCCUUCAGAAGGGUCCAAGUAAUGGUGGCGUUGCAGCUAUAGUUGAUGAGCUUCCUUAUAUUGAACUAUUCUUAGUCAAUACAAAGUGCACGUUCAGGACAGUCGGACAAGAGUUCACGAAAAGUGGAUGGGGAUUUGCAUUUCAAAGGGACUCUCCUCUGGCUGUUGAUUUGUCCACUGCAAUUCUUCAACUAUCUGAAAAUGGUGAUCUCCAAAGAAUCCACGAUAAAUGGUUGUCUAGUGAUGCAUGCUCUUCACAACCCAAUCCUGUUGAUGAAAACCGGCUCUCUUUAGACAGCUUCUGGGGCUUGUUCCUUGUCUGUGGUAUAGCAUGCUCCAUCGGUCUUCUUCUGUUUUUCUGGAGGAUUUGGCAGCAAUACCGUCUAGUCAACAAGGAUGACGAGGAAGAGGCAGCUCGGGAACGUGAACUUCCACCGGAUGAUGGCAGCAGACGAUCAACGCAACGUGCCACUAGCUUCAAGAGCAUACUUGAUAUAAAAGAAAAAGAAUUCAAGGAAAUGCUUAAGCUUAAGCGCAAGAGCAGCGAUCAAAAACGAGCUCCCAGCCAAAGCUCAGACGGGCAGCCGAUUUCACCAUCUUGAAGAGAAUUAUUCUAGGUUUGGUGUUUUUCCACAAUGCACCUUUGCUUUUAGUGUAGAAUGCGAACAGUUUGUCCCCAUUAUUAGUAUAAAAUACAGCAAGGUAUGCUGGAAAAUCCAAGCAAUGUCAAAGAACAAAAAAAAUUUUACUGCUUAGUAGGAAAAAUAUGUGGGGAAAUUCUGGUGUAGAUGUCAUGUGUCUUCUGGAAACUACAGAUGAAUUAGAAAAGAUAUAUUUCCCUUCCUUUUUUUGCCAAUUCUCCAAGGAGAUUUGAAGGAUCUGAGAGUUGUGACA